AAUUAUAAUUUUUUUUCUUGUACUUCGCAUACAGUUAUGACUGGCCAAUUGAUUAAACUGUCAAUUAUCUAAACCGCACCCUUCAACCGUACACUACGUAUUAUAAUAGAUAAUACCAAUCUAAGAUUUUGACACGAUGUCCAAACGUACGGCGGAGGCCGGCGACGGUAUCACCCCUCUCAAAGGAGGUGAUCGUCCCGAACCGAUGGAUGUAGACAACGACAAGGAAAUGGGCGAUUUUGAAGACGAAUUCGAGGAUGAGUUCGAGAGUGAAGAUGAGAUUUUUGAGGCAGGAGUUGAUGGUAGACCCGAUGCGGAGCGAGAGGCAGAUGAACGGGCAGCCGGUGCUAUGGAUGUCGAUAAUGGAAAUGGAAAUGGAACUUUUAUCGUCGGCCGUAAUAAGCUUGAGGCUGGUCAGCAUCUUGCUCCCGACACGGGAACGUAUGAGAUGCUUCACAAUCUCAGCACUCCUUGGCCUUGCCUAUCUUUCGACAUAAUUCGCGACGGGCUUGGAGAUAAACGAGAAAAGGCCUACCCAGCUACCAUGUACACCGUCGCAGGCACUCAAGCCGAGAGCAAACGCGAAAAGGAGAACCAGUUGAUGAUCAUGAAGUUUAGCGGUUUGAGUCGCAUGCAAAAAGAAGAAGAAGAUUCGGAGUCGGAGGAUGACGACGACGAAGAAGAAGCCGAACCUAUCCUCGAGUCAAAGUCUAUCCCGCUAACCUCCACUACGAAUCGAAUCCGAAGUCACCAGAUUCCCUCCCAAGACCCUUCGAAACCACCUACUACCAUCACCGCGACCAUGACAGAGUCAUCGGACAUCUUCAUACAUGACGUUACUCCUCAUCUAGCAUCUUUCGACAACCCCGGAAUGCUCAUCACACCGCAGCAGAACAAGCCGCUCUCCACAAUCCGAGCUCAUAAAUCCGAGGGUUACGCGCUUGAUUGGUCGCCUCUGGUUCCGGGUGGCAAGCUUCUGACUGGAGACAACGAUGGCUUGAUAUAUGCGACGACGCGAACAGACGGAGGCGGCUGGGUUACGGAUACGAGAGCGUUCCAGGGCCACACCAGCAGCGUGGAGGAGAUUCAGUGGAGCCCACAAGAGGCGUCAGUAUUUGCUUCCGCAUCUAGCGAUGGCACAGUCCGCGUGUGGGACGUGCGAAGCAAGAGCCGAAAACCCGCCAUCACGGUACAGGUUAGCUCCACUGAUGUCAACGUCAUGUCUUGGUCUAGAUUGACGACGCACCUACUCGCGACCGGCGCAGAUGACGGAGUAUGGGGAGUAUGGGAUCUGCGACAAUGGAAGGGAGGCGCGCAAAAACCUAGCCCGAUCGCGAGCUUCAACUACCACAAGGAGCAGAUCACAAGCAUAGAAUGGCAUCCUACGGACGACAGCAUGGUGGCCGUUGCUGCGGGCGACCAUAAGGUGACCCUCUGGGAUCUUUCCGUGGAGUUAGACGACGAGGAGAGCAAAGAUACGGCAGGAGUUAAGGACAUGCCGCCUCAACUACUCUUCGAACACAUUUCCGAGCACGCGAAGGAGGUGCACUGGCAUCCUCAAAUCCCCGGAACGCUGGUUGCUACCGGCCAAGAGUUCAGCGUAUUCAGGCCCAUACCCGUCGUUUACGGGAUUCAUGGGAAAUAGGACCCCGUCUUUUGAAUACAUGUAUGUAAAUCCAUCCUCGGGUUCGCAUCUUGACAAGGGUCUAAAGCCGUCUAUGAUUCGACGUUUUUACGUUAAAUAUUGAAGAUAACCACAUCUACCUGCAUAUCCUAACAACCCCUAAGUAGUCUUUCGUUGGAAAUGAGGAGAAAUGGGGGUUAGGACCUGUAGACAUGCGGUACCUGAUGGUUACUCGAGAUUGGCGGAGCAAAUAUGACAGAGGCUUAUGUCGCGAGGUGUUGGGGUUCUUUGAUAUAAGGGGCGCCACUUGGUAUAGGAGUUGUUAAAAAAAGAAGAGUUGGCUUGGGGAAUAUCCACGCUACGAUGAUAGCAAUACUACCUAGGUAGUUAGAUCAUUCUCGGGUCUAAACGUUUACUACUUGGGAAAUAAGUUCUUUGCACACUGCCGUCUCCCCUAGAACCUGAUGUCUACAGUAGCCGUAGAAUUGCAUACUGC